UCUCUCCCUUCUGUUCUCCCUGUGAAGGGAAGAUAUUGACUCUGUAGGCUGAGAUCAGCAGAUCAGGAUGUUGGGUCACCUGUUGUGCGCGCGCUCCCCGUCCACUCUUCUCCUUCUGCUCCUUCUUUCCCCUGCCCUGCUAUCGGCCCAGGAGAGGAUGGUGCGUCUGGCAGGAAUGGGUCGGCGCAGUGCAAGUGAAGGUCGUAUAGAGGUGCUCCACAAUGGAGAAUGGGGCACGGUGUGUGAUGAUGAGGUGGAUAUUAACCUGGCCAAUGUGCUGUGCCGUGAGCUGGGCUUCCAGCGCAGCUUGAGCUGGGCACACAGUGCCAAGUUUGGGGAAGGACAUGGUGUGAUCUGGUUGGACAAUGUCCGUUGCAAGGGCACAGAGGUAUCUGUGGCAGACUGUCGCUCCAAUGGCUGGGGAAUCAGUGACUGCACCCAUGCUGAGGAUCUGGGGGUUAUUUGCAGCUCUUCGAGGAGACCUGGCUUCCCCCCAGUCUCCUUAGAUCCCCCCUCACCCCCAUCCUCUAGGCAACAGCCAGUCCAACAGCGAGCAAGAAACCCAGAUCCCCCAGGUCCACCUGCGAGCCAAGUCUCCUCUUCAUCUGCAAGGGGUCAUGAGAUCGCCCUCCACCGCAACCCAGCUGCGUCCCGUCGGGCCAGCAGUUCACCACAGCUCCAAGGCCAUGAGAUCCAAAUCCUGCGACGAAAUUAUGGCAAUCAAAGGGCCAGCCAGCAGGGCAGCCCAGCUGUGCCACAAGGGCACGAGCUACCAUCCCGCCUGGCUAACAGUGCAUCCUACAGGCAGAGACAGGAGGCAGAGAGGACCAGUCCACAAGCCGUGAGACGGGAGACAGACGGACAGGUGAACAGGCAGUCCCAGCCACAGCCACAGCCACAGCCUCAGCCUCAGCCUCAGCCUCAGCCACAGCCUCAGUCUCAAUCUCAGCAGCGAUCUGACAGGAAUCGACAGCUCAGUGGGAACCAUGUAGAGCCAGAGGCUAAUUUCAUAGACACGGGACUGGAGACUGAUGCACACUACAUCCAGGGCUCCAACAGCGUACGACUGGAGGAGGUACGUCUACGGCCUGUGCUGUCCGGCAACCAUGGCGGUCUGGUGACAGAGGGUGUGCUGGAAGUGAAGCAUGCUGGGAGGUGGCGUCAUGUGUGUAGCCAUGGGUGGGACCUCAGCAGCAGCCGAGUUGUCUGCGGCAUGUUAGGAUUCCCUGCUGCAGAGCAGUUUGACCAAAACGCUUACAGGAAACAGUGGGACUCCAAGCUCGCUGAUCCAUCUUCCAGGCUGAGGACCCAGUCCAGUAAGAAGGCAUACUGGGUGGAGAAGGUCCAGUGUCAGGGUGCAGAGAACUCUCUGGCCCAGUGCCAGACCCAGCUGUCCCUCCCCAGGAGUGACAUCCCAUGCCGUGGAGGUAUGCACGCUGUGGUCCGCUGCGUCCCUGGAUCCCAAUUCACUCGCUCCGGCAGACCCCCUGCACCACCCGCUGUGCAGCCGGUGGUGCGUCUGAAGGCAGGGCCGAGGCUGGGUGAGGGCCGCGUCGAGGUGCUGAGCGAGGGCAAGUGGGGCACUGUGUGUGACCACCUCUGGGACAUCACCGCUGCCAGCGUCGUCUGCAGGGAGCUGGGCUUUGGAUCGGCCAAAGAGGCCCUGACCAGAGCUCAGCUUGGACAGGGUACUGGUCCCAUCCACAUGAACAGCGUCCAGUGCACAGGCCGGGAGAAAUCCAUCAUGGAGUGUCGUUACAGACCUGUGCCGCUCUACAGCUGCAAACACAACCAAGAUGUAGCUGUCCGCUGCAAUGUCCCUAACACUGGCCUGCAGAAGACGGUGCGGCUGGCAGGCGGCAGGGAUCAAGCGGAGGGCCGUGUGGAGGUGCUGAUAGAGGUGAACGGUGCGAAGCGCUGGGGCUCCGUCUGCAGUGAGAACUGGGGCAUCAAUGAGGCCAUGGUGGUCUGUCGACAGCUGGGCUUCGGCUUUGCCUCCAGAGCUCACCAGGAAACUUGGUACUGGCCUGGUUCUCAAGAUGCCAGCCAGGUGGUUCUCAGUGGAACUCAUUGCAUCGGUACUGAGAUGUCCCUGCAGCAGUGUCGCCGCAAUACAAAUGUCUACUGUCCCAGAGGAGGAGACGGCAGGGCCGCCGGAGUCACCUGUGUGGAGACGGCUCCUGACCUCGUACUGGACGCCCAGCUUGUCCAGGAGACGGCCUACCUGGAGGACCGACCCCUCCACCUGCUGACCUGUGCCAAUGAGGAGAACUGCCUGUCGUCCUCCGCUGCCAGGAUGAACUGGCCUUACGGACACCGCCGCCUGCUGCGCUUCUCCUCCCGCAUCAUGAACCUGGGCCGCGCCGACUUCCGACCUCGGGCCGGCAGAGAAAGCUGGACGUGGCACCAGUGUCACAGGCACUACCACAGUAUCGAGGUGUUCACCCACUAUGACCUCCUGACUCUCAAUGGAACCAAAGUGGCUGAGGGUCACAAAGCCAGCUUCUGUCUGGAGGACACCUACUGUCCCGAUGGAAUUUAUAAGCGGUAUGCCUGCUACAACAUGGGUCAGCAGGGUAUCUCAGUUGGAUGCUGGGAUACGUACCGGCACGACAUUGACUGCCAGUGGAUUGACAUCACAGACAUACGUCCUGGCGAAUACAUUUUCCAGGUGGAGGUUAACCCCUCGUUGGACAUGGCUGAGUCAGACUUCCACAACAAUGUGAUGCGCUGCCGGUGCAAGUACGACGGAGCACGAGUGUUCAUGUUCGGCUGCCAUGCAGGUGACGCGUACAGCGCCGAGGUGGAGGACUUGUUCGACCACCAACGUCAGAUCAGCAGCAACUUCCUCUGAAUGAAGAACUCAGGACAGAAGAGCUGAACAAAACCCUCACUACACCUCAACAAAUCAGGGGAAGGAGUUUGAAUUCAUAAAGAAUAUUCAAAGAGGGAAGGACAUAGAAAUUUUUACAUUGUUAAAAUGUAAAAUUCCUGCUUAGAAUAUUCCUUGCCAGUAGAAAGCGGGUGAGAGGGAGGGGGGCAUGAACAGGGGAGAACAAGGGGGAUUUAGUGCAAAAGGGCAAAUUGAGAUCCCCAAAUUGCCCGGUCAUAUUGUCACCACCGAUGACUGUUUUCUGUUAGGGAAAAAGUGGGUGCAUGAGGGAGGUAUGUUGUAGAAGGAAAAUAAGGAAAAUAGGAAAAAGAAAAUGUGCAAAAGUUGCAAGUUAAU